GUUGGGAUCUUCUCGAGUCGGCAAAAGGGAAUCAGUGAUCCUCGGCGGGGCGGGAGCGGGGUGCAGGACUGCGCCAGAUUCAAGGGAGUAGGGCUCCCCAGCCUUCUCGCUUUAGAAGGCGAGAGCGAGAAAAUCCUCCGGAUUUUAAAGAGGAGUGGGCGGCGGAUAGCCAAGAUCUGUCAGAUUCUUGUCGAGGCUGGGGAGACGCAGUUUCCAAUCCAGGGCGACAGGGAUCCCUGAGGGGAGCCCUGUUGUAAUCCCUGGGCCCGGGACGGAGGGCCCAGAGGCCGGGCACCAUGGCGUCCAUCCUGGAUGAAUACGAGGACUCUUUGUCCCGCUCAGCCGUCUUGCAGCCUGGCUGCCCCAGCGUGGGCAUCCCCCACUCCGGGUAUGUGAAUGCCCAGCUAGAGAAGGAAGUGCCCAUCUUCACAAAACAGCGCAUUGACUUUACCCCUUCUGAGCGUAUUACCAGUCUUGUCGUCUCCUGCAAUCAGCUCUGCAUGAGCCUGGGCAAGGACACCCUACUCCGCAUUGACUUGGGCAAGGCAAAUGAACCCAACCACGUGGAGCUGGGACGCAAGGAGGAUGCUAAGGUUCACAAGAUGUUUCUGGACCACACUGGCUCUCACCUGCUAAUUGCUCUGAGCAGCACUGAGGUCCUCUAUGUGAACCGUAAUGGACAGAAGGUACGGCCACUGGCACGCUGGAAAGGGCAGCUGGUGGAGAGUGUGGGCUGGAACAAGGCACUGGGCACAGAGAGCAGCACAGGCCCCAUCCUGGUCGGCACCGCCCAAGGCCAGAUCUUCGAAGCGGAGCUCUCAGCCAGCGAAGGUGGGCUUUUUGGCCCUGCUCCAGAUCUCUACUUCCGCCCAUUGUACGUACUAAACGAAGAAGGGGGUCCAGCACCUGUGUGCUCCCUCGAGGCCGAGCGGGGCCCUGAUGGGCGUGGCUUUGUUAUCGCCACCACCAGGCAGCGCCUCUUCCAGUUCAUAGGUCGAGCAGCAGAGGGAGCUGAGGCCCAGGGCUUCUCGGGGCUCUUUGCUGCCUUCGCGGACCACCCACCCCCAUUCCGUGAGUUCCCCAGCAGUCUGGGCUACAGUGAGUUGGCCUUCUAUACCCCCAAGUUGCGCUCCGCACCUCGGGCCUUCGCCUGGAUGAUGGGGGACGGCGUGUUGUAUGGAGCACUGGACUGCGGGCGUCCUGAUUCCCUGCUGAGCGAGGAGCGAGUCUGGGAGUACCCAGAGGGGGUAGGUCCGGGGGCGAGCCCGCCCCUGGCUAUCGUCCUGACCCAGUUCCACUUCCUACUGCUGCUGGCUGACCGGGUGGAGGCAGUGUGCACGCUGACGGGGCAGGUGGUGCUGCGGGAUCACUUCCUGGAGAAGUUUGGGUCCCUGAAGCACAUGGUGAAGGACUCUUCCACGGGCCACCUGUGGGCCUACACUGAGCGUGCUGUCUUCCGCUACCAUGUGCAGCGGGAGGCCCGGGAUGUCUGGCGCACCUACCUGGACAUGAACCGCUUUGACCUGGCCAAAGAGUAUUGUCGAGAGCGACCUGACUGCCUGGACACAGUCCUGGCCCGGGAGGCCGAUUUCUGCUUUCGCCAGCGUCGUUACCUGGAGAGUGCCCGCUGCUACGCCCUGACCCAGAGCUACUUUGAGGAGAUCGCCCUCAAGUUCCUGGAGGCCCGACAGGAGGAGGCCCUGGCUGAGUUCCUGCAGCGAAAACUGGCCGGUUUGAAGCCAGCCGAGCGUACCCAGGCCACACUGCUUACCACCUGGCUGACGGAGCUUUACCUGAGCCGGCUCGGAGCACUGCAGGGUGAUCCUGAGGCCCUGAACUUAUACCGGGAAACUCGGGAGCGCUUCCGGUCUUUCCUCAGCAGCCCCCGCCACAAGGAGUGGCUCUUUGCCAGCCGGGCCUCCAUCCAUGAACUGCUUGCCAGCCACGGGGACACAGAACACAUGGUGUACUUCGCUGUGAUCAUGCAGGACUACGAGCGCGUGGUGGCAUACCACUGCCAGCAUGAGGCCUACGAGGAGGCCCUGGCUGUGCUUGCCCGCCACCGUGACCCCCAGCUCUUCUACAAGUUCUCACCCAUCCUCAUUCGUCACAUACCCCGCCAGCUGGUGGAUGCUUGGAUUGAGCUGGGCAGCCGGCUGGAUGCCCGGCAGCUCAUCCCCGCCCUGGUGAACUAUAGCCAGGGUGGCGAGGCCCAGCAGGUGAGCCAGGCCAUCCGCUACAUGGAGUUCUGCGUGAACGUGCUUGGCGAGACGGAGCAGGCGAUUCACAACUACCUGCUGUCGCUGUACGCCCGAGGCCAGCCGGCCUCACUGCUGGCUUACCUUGAGCAGGCCGGCGCCAGCCCGCACCGUGUGCAUUAUGACCUCAAGUACGCGCUGCGGCUCUGCGCUGAGCACGGCCACCACCGUGCCUGUGUCCAUGUCUACAAGGUCCUAGAGCUGUAUGAGGAGGCUGUGGACCUGGCCCUGCAGGUCGACGUGGACCUGGCCAAACAGUGCGCUGACUUGCCCGAGGACGACGAGGAACUGCGUAAGAAGCUGUGGCUGAAGAUCGCUCGGCACGUGGUGCAGGAGGAGGAGGACGUGCAGACGGCCAUGGCCUGCCUGGCCAGCUGCCCCCUGCUCAAGAUCGAGGACGUGCUGCCCUUCUUUCCUGACUUCGUCACCAUCGACCACUUCAAGGAGGCGAUCUGCAGCUCGCUCAAGGCCUACAACCACCACAUCCAGGAGCUGCAGCGGGAGAUGGAAGAGGCCACGGCCAGUGCCCAGCGCAUCCGGCGAGACCUGCAGGAGCUGCGGGGCCGCUAUGGCACGGUGGAGCCCCAGGACAAGUGUGCCACCUGCGACUUCCCCCUGCUUAAUCGCCCUUUCUACCUUUUCCUCUGUGGCCACAUGUUCCAUGCUGACUGCUUGCUGCAGGCCGUGCGGCCUGGCCUGCCGGCCUACAAGCAGGCCCGGCUCGAGGAGCUGCAGCGGAAGUUGGGGGCUGCUCCGGCCCCUACUAAGGGCUCUGCCCGUGCCAAGGAGGCCGAGGGUGGGGCUGCGACGGCGGGGCCCAGUCGGGAACAGCUCAAGGCUGACCUCGAUGAACUGGUGGCCGCCGAGUGCGUGUACUGUGGGGAGCUGAUGAUCCGCUCCAUUGACCGGCCCUUCAUUGACCCCCAGCGCUAUGAGGAGGAGCACCUCAGUUGGCUGUAGGAAGGAGGAUGUUGCCCCGCUGGGUGGGCAGGCAGUCGGGGGCAGUUGCCCCCUCUUGGGAAAGCCACACCGUGGUCCAUUUGCUCUGUCGUCUGGAGACCACUGGGCCAUGACAGUGUUGGGGAGAGUGGAAUUACAGCUGUCGCCUGUAAGGUGUCAUCUGUGAGUGCAUUCUGCCGCUCUCCGCGCUGUUCUUGAGAGCUGCCUUAGAGCUGCUGUUAUGCCAGGCCGUCUGCCUGCCUCCCAGUAGAGGGCCUUAGCCUGGAGAAGUCAAUUCCAGCCCCAUCACCAUUCCCCCUCCAUCCAACAGUCCUUCUCCUCUCUACGUCCCACAGACAUGCUGUUCACGUUCUAGAGCGAGAGUACCGUUAUUCCUUUUCACUCUGUGGCCCUUCUCCCUCAGAGGAAGUCCUCUCCCAUGUCUGCCUCUAGGUCCCAGAGUGAAAAGGCAACCCCUCCAAGUCGGCGCAGAGGGUGGGGACGGUGGUGCUGGUAGUGGGCGCCUCUUGUGUAUGCCUUCUGGGGCUCUGGUGUGGGGGGUGCCCUGGGGCAGAGGGCCUUUUGGAGGACAGUGGGAGAUGGUGAUGGGGGUGGGGUGCAUUAAACUGCCUGCACUGCACUGGG